AUGCCCCCCGCUAAGACGACUCGGAGUAUUAAGAAUUACGACUCGGAUGAGUUUGAACCUCCAACCAAGAAAAGCAAAGCUCGUUACGACGAGGAUGAGUUUGAGCAUCCAACCAAGAAGAGCAAAAACAUGCCCCCCACCAACACGAGCGUUAAGAUGUACGACUCGGAUGAGUUUGAACCUCCAACCAAGAAGAGCAAAAUUGUGUACGACGCGGAUGAGUUUGAACCCCCAACCAAGAAAAGCAAAAAUAUGGACGACUCGGAUGAGCCCAAACCCCCGGUCAAGAAGCAAAAGAGAACACACGAAGCGAGUAAAAAGAUUCAGUCAAAGAAGGACACAAUAAAAAAGAGAAAGCGUUCAUUUGACUCUACUAGUGUUUCCAAGUCCACCGGCCACACAAACCCCCCGGAGAGAAAUUUCAAAAGGCCAAAGACUCAAAUUGGUCACAAACAGGUCAACAAUCAUGAGGCAAAUGGCACAAGAUCGAAUAAUCUCGUCGUUGCCAAAAGGCCGGCGCCAAUGAGACCUAGAACAACCCGGGCGCAGUCAGUGGAGAUCCAACAUUCCCCAAUUUACAAUACUCCUACCCAGAAAAAUGGUAUAGUGGAAGAAGUCCAAGUGGUGGAUCACACUCCCCAAAACACUAGACGUCCGAGGCAAAGAUGGGGUCCUUUCUACCCACCAAUCACGCAACACCAUAAAAUUCCUAAUGGUUGGAACCCCACCGAGUACGAUAUUGAUGAAUACGAUAUCGAUGCAAAUAUCGAACGGAACAUUGAAAGAAUUGAAGAAGGAAUCCUGCCCAAUUUCUUUGAAGCGCGCCUGAAACGCUACUUGGAGAUGAAAAGAGACAAAGAGGAAAUGGCUGCCUUGGAGCCCGGUCUGCCUUGGGCCGUUGUUCAACGUUUGGACACACUUGCCGCGAUGGAGAAGAUCCUGAUCCAAGAGGACCAACGUGGACAGGUUGACAAUGUCAGAGCUAUAAUGCAGGCAUAUCGUGACGGAAGUUUGACCUGGGACCCACCAAAAGUUACCUUUUGGGCGAACGGAGUACUAUACAAGGGACCUGAACAACUUACUACGCCGAGAUUGAAUAGGUACUGGCGUGAGCUCGGGUGCCCAAAAGCUUGGUUUGUCGAAGGUAUGGAGGGCCCCGGACCUGAUUCUGUGAACUUCUUCGGUGCUGUUUCACCUCGUUCGGCUACGAACUAUAUGCACGAUCUUCGAAUUGCGAUCAGACCUGCAGAUAUGAGUCCACGUCUCAAGCAGCAGAACCGAUAUAUUGAAUACGAUUUCAUGGAUGACACAGGAUCUAAGCAUAUGCUCAUAUUUGCACAAGAUCUUUUUGAUAUUGAGGAGAUCUGUAAUGCAAUGUGCCCAGAGGCGGGUCAGUCAUUUGUCCGAACUGCGGCUGGGUCGGGAGUUUUCAACGUCGUUCAUGUUGAAGCAGCCAUAUUUUGGGAUCGAAGGGAAGAUAACACCAAACAGCAGGUCAUUCCCUGGACUACUAUCACAUGCUAUGUAGCACCUAGUCCUCGUCGCAAAAGUCAGCCUAGAUUGAGUGGCGUCUGGCUCAGGCAUUUGCUAUUCCAUAUUACCAGACCCGACGGCAAUGGGAGAUUGUACUUGACUGACCAGGUUAUUGACGACUCCAUUAACCUCACUGCAUUGCAAAUUCAAAAUAGGGCGCCUCCUCCAAUCGUAUCAUACUACGACCAUGCAGCCGGACCGACAAGACUUGAGUGGGCAUAUGGUCACUGGUCGCACGGUAAGCGAGAAUAUAAGGCGGGCUACUACGUUGACAACCUGCCAUCUGAUAAUCGUACGUGGUGGGAUACAACGGAAGAUUUUCUACAUUGGUUGUUGGACCGACUGGAUAGUUUCUUCGCCUAG